UAUAUAAACACACAGUUUGUUAUUGUAUUGAAAAACUAUUUGCUAUUUGUUUGUCAAACACACUGUCUGUCUGUUUGUUCAAUCAUUUAAAUCAAUUAAUUGACCACUUUUUUUGAUCGCCCGAAACACCGCAAUGAGUCUCCAAUCAGUGAUCAUAACCGGUGCUAAUCGUGGUAUUGGACUGGAGUUUGUACGCCAAUUGUUGGCCACACAGUCGCCACCGAAACAUUUGAUCGUUACGUCCCGACAGUCGGCAAAUCCCGAAUUGGAUCAACUGGUGUCCACUAAUCCCGAUCGGUUACAUGUACUCAAACUUGAGGUCAAAGACUACGAUAGUUACGACGGGUUUGUCCAGAAAGUUGCCACAAUUGUCGGUUCGGAUGGUUUGGACACAUUGGUGAACAAUGCGGGGAUUUUGAUCUACAGUAACCUACAGAAGGUUACCGCCGAAGAUAUGUUGAAAAACUUUGAAAUCAAUUCGGUUACACCACUGAUGCUAACCAAAGCCCUGUUACCACUGUUGAAGUCUGCUUCGGCUAAUCGCAAGACGGCUGUUGUGAAUAUAUCGUCAAAAGUCGGUUCAGUCGAAGACAAUACAUCCGGCGGUGGAUAUCCGUAUCGAUCGAGCAAAUCGGCGCUGAAUAUGAUUACCAAAAGUUUGGCCAUCGAUCUGAAGGCCGAUAAUAUUCGGGCAAUUGCUUUACAUCCCGGUUGGGUACAGACAGAUAUGGGCGGACCUAAUGCCCUGAUUACUACCGGCGAGAGUGUGUCGAAAAUGUUGGACACUAUCCGCGCGAUUAAUGAUAAAACUUUAGGUGAUUUUCUUAACUAUGACGGCAAACCUAUUCCUCUGUGAUUUUCAUAUCAUCUAUUGAUGAAAUACUACAACAACAAUAAUAUCCGAUAUAAUUGAAUUAAAAAUAUAAAUAUAUGUUUUUUUUAUUACCGGUAAUCAAAUUAUAUAUUAAUUU